GAUGGUAAAUAUUAUAAUACAAUUAAAUCAGGAAGAAAAGCAACAUUUGUGAUUUUAGAAAACUCUAAAAUUGAAGAUAUAAAUAAGAAUUAUGUGAUUAGUAAAGAGAAGAAUAAUCAAAAGAAAGAUGAAUUUGUUGAUAUAAGAUAUAUUAAAGACAAAUUAAUAAAGAAUAAUAGUACUAAUAAAGAUAAAGAGAAUUGUAGUGAUGAAAAAGACAAUAAUAAUAUAAAUAUAAAGUGUGUAGUAAAUAUGUUGAAGAAUAAUGAGGCUGAGUUUGAUGAUAAUAGGAGUGAAGCUACAAAUAGUAAAGCAGAUAAAUCUAAAAAAGAUUAUCACAAAAGUAUAAUCAAAAAUGAAAAGAAUAAACAAAAGAUAUUUGUUCAAUAUCAAAACCUCAAAAAAAUAAGUUGUAGCAAUAAAGUAUAUAAUAACAAGUAUGUUAAUAAAAAUAAACGAUACAUUGGAUUAGAAGAUUAUAAUGAAAUUGAUACUAAAGCUCUUAUCUAUGCCAAAAGACGUAAAGGACAAUGCUUGGCUAAAGUUAGAUCAAACCCUAAUAUUUAUUUAUAG